AUGGCUGCUUUCCAAGUUAUUCAUAUGGAUAUAACUGGAAAGCUAGGCACUUCAGAUGAUCAGCAGUAUGUCAUAGUCACCAUUGACGCUUUUUCGAAGUACGUUCUGCUCUGCUUCGCCAGCAACAAGAACCCACACAUUACAUUAGCUGCUCUGAAACUCACUGUACAUCUAUUCGGUACACCAAUUCAAGUAAUAGUCGAUGGAGGAAGGGACUUCCUUGGCGAGUUCAAAGACUAUUGUGACCACGCUGGAAUAAAUAUUCACGCCAUAGCUCCAGAAGUAAGCCGAGCGAAUGGUCAAGUAGAAAGGGUUAUUGCAACUCUCAAAAAUGAAUUGGUGAUGAUUAAAAACUACGAAGCAGAGCAGUGGCACACUACGCUUGAGGAACCGCAAUUAGCAAUGAACUGUACAGCUCUAUAUAUCUUAUAG